CUAAUGAUAUUGCUGUCAGUGUGUAUUGUACUGUACAUGAAGAAAUCUAUGAGAAAGUGGUACCACUUAUACCAGUGAUAGAGUCGCCAACUGUCCAGAAAUUACCGGAUUCUCGAGACCUACCGAACGUAUUGUUCGUUGGCAUCGAUUCGGUGUCGAGACUGCAGUUCGACCGACACUUUGCCAUCACUGCCCGCAAUGUAAUCAGUGGACAGGGAUUUCACACAAUGUAUGGCU